CCUGAUAAUCCUGAAGUCUUAAUUGAGGGAGUGUUAUUCCGAGCACGUUAUUUGGGGUCAACACAGCUGAUAUCUGAAGGUCAACCAUCAAAAGCUUUACGAAUGAUGCAAGCUCAGGAAGCUGUUGGUAGAAUCAAGGCACCAGAAGGAGAAAAUCAGCCUAGUACUGAUGUAGACUUAUUUGUAUCUACUGAGAAAUUGAUGGUACUAAAUACAGAUUUACAGGAGAUAAUGAUGGAUCAUUCAUUAAGAACUAUUAGUUAUAUAGCUGAUAUAGGUGAUGUAUUAGUAUUAAUGGCUAGAAGACGUUUAAUUACCAGUCCUGGUGAAGGUCCCAACAGACGACGUCAAGCUAAGAUACUUUGUCAUGUCUUUGAGUCAGAGGAGGUGAGU